UCCACUAAACCAGAAGCGUGCUAAAGUAGCAAUCUUGAUUCUUGAAUUUGUGUUUGUGUGAGAGAGAGAAAGAGAGAGAUUCAAUGGAGCAGAAAGAAGAAGAUGUUAGACUCGGAGCUAACAAAUUCUCCGAACGACAACCAAUCGGAACCGCCGCUCAAACCGACAAGGACUACAAGGAGGCGCCGCCGGCUCCUUUCUUCGAACCCGGCGAACUCAGUUCAUGGUCUUUCUACAGAGCUGGAAUCGCCGAAUUCAUAGCCACUUUCCUUUUUCUUUACAUAACUGUGCUGACUGUAAUGGGUGUUUCACGAGCACCCAAUAAAUGUGCUUCAGUUGGUAUUCAAGGUAUCGCUUGGGCGUUUGGAGGCAUGAUCUUUGCACUUGUUUACUGUACCGCCGGAAUUUCAGGAGGGCAUAUAAAUCCUGCUGUGACAUUUGGGUUGUUCUUGGCAAGGAAACUUUCUUUGACUAGAGCUAUCUUCUACAUAGUGAUGCAAACCCUAGGAGCUAUUUGUGGUGCUGGAGUUGUUAAAGGGUUUCAACCAAAUCUUUAUGAAACACUCGGUGGUGGUGCUAAUGUUGUGGCUCAUGGUUAUACUAAAGGAAGUGGACUUGGUGCUGAAAUAAUCGGUACUUUUGUUCUUGUUUACACCGUUUUCUCUGCAACUGAUGCUAAAAGGAGUGCCAGAGAUUCUCAUGUUCCUAUUUUGGCGCCGUUGCCUAUUGGGUUUGCUGUGUUUUUGGUACAUUUGGCGACUAUUCCGAUCACCGGAACUGGGAUUAAUCCGGCGAGGAGUCUUGGAGCUGCGAUCAUCUACAACAAGGAUCAUGCUUGGGAGGAUCAUUGGAUAUUCUGGGUAGGACCAUUUAUUGGAGCUGCACUUGCUGCUAUGUAUCAUCAGAUUGUGAUUAGGGCUAUUCCAUUCAAGUCCAGGGGAUGAUGAUGAUUGGAUCAAGAUUCGAGAUGAAGAUUAAUUUCCUUUUUAAUUUAUUAUUAUUAUUAUGUAUCUUCUUUUAUGUUCUUGUUUGAUUAAUGAGUGGAUUGAGACACACCACUAGUUUGAUGUGUAUGAUCUUAAUUAUUAUGAUUAUGUAAGAAGGAAUGGGAGUGUAAAUUAUGAAGUUUAAAUUUGAAAUCUUUUUAUUA